AUGUGGACUUUACUGAAGCUCACCGAAUUGUUCGUCGGAGUGAUGGCAAUAUUGCUGAUUGGGCGAUACUGGUCGUGGCCUGGGAGCCGUCGCAAAGACAUGCCUCCAGGACCUACUCCUCUACCAAUCCUUGAAAAUGUCCUUCAGAUGAAGCCCUUGGACAUAUAUGCUCAGUUUCAAGACCUUAAUAAUAAGUAUGGACCACUGGUCUCCCUAAAGGUAGGGGUGGGUAACAUGAUUGUUAUUGGUGGCGACGGGUCACUUGUUCGACACCUUUUGGAUAAGCGAGGAGCUAUUUAUUCAAACCGGCCAUUGCAGAUGUCAACCGAGAUUGCAGGUAAAGGGGAUGGCCUUCUGCUCACUCUGGAUGUCCAUCACGGCACUGGUAGGUUCCAGCAAGAUUCAAGCAAAUGGCGGCUUGCGCGGAAACAAAUUGUGCAACAUUAUGCCUCCAGUGUAGUCAAAACGGAAUAUGUUGGCUUACAGGAAGCUGAAAGCGUUCAGCUGUUGCAUGACUUUUUGCAUGACCCCAAACACUUUAUGCAACAUCCAAUGCGAUUUACUACUAGUGUGGUCACCUGUCUGAAUUAUGGUGUUCGAUGCGAAACGUACGAAGACCCUGCGGUCCGCACCAUAGAAGAAAUCAUGGUCCGAGUUUGUGACCUGCUUAUGCCAGGGUCAAAACCGCCUGUAGAAGACUUCCCAUGGCUGCGGUUUAUUCCAGACUUCGUGUCCGACUGGAAGGCGAGGUCAAGGAAUAUAGGAGAUUUGAUGGACAAACUUUAUGGGGAUUUGGCAGACAUAGCAUGGACCCGCGGGGCCAGUGGAUUGAACCGUGGUACACUUUCUUACAAGUUACGAGCCAACGAAGCAAAUAGCGGACUCUCUCGACAUUUUCAAGCAUAUAUUGCAGGUUUGGUCUUGGAGGGAGGUUCAGGUAUUGUCGCAGGAGUAAUCUUGACAUGCAUAUUAAUAUUGAUAAAGGAUACUUCCUCCCAAGAGAGGGCAAGAAAAGAAAUUGAUGCAUUGUACGACGAGGACACACUGCCACGCUGGGUCGAUGAACAAGCCAUGCCUUUCGUACGGGCUGUGAUCAAAGAAGUUUUGAGAUGGCGACCUUCUCUCCCAAUUGCCAUUCCUCACCGGCUUGAACAGGAUGACUAUUAUGAAGGGUACUUCCACCCCAAAGAUUCAACAGUCAUCUGUAAUAUCUGGGCAAUCCAUUCGAACCCAGGAAGAUUUGAUGAUCCAAAAGUAUUCAGACCUGAACGUUUCUUGGACUACAAAAUGUCCAUGGCGGAAUCUAUUGCUCAAGGAGAUCCAUUUGAAAGGGACCAUUUCGCUUUCGGGGCAGGUCGCCGCUCGUGCCCUGGGGUUCAGGUUGCAGAACAAGACGUUUUUAUUGCCCUUUCAAGGCUACUUUGGGCUUUUGAGUUCUCUGCGCCAACGGGAACUCAGGUUAAUGUUGAGCAGAGUGCUUUCACCGGAGAGACAGUACGUCAUCCAAAAGAAUUUCCUCUAGUCAUCAAGCCUCGGUCUGAAAGGCGUAAAGCGACUAUUGAGAGAGAGAUGGCACAUGCGAAGGAACACGUAUUCUCGCAGUACGGAGUCUACAAGCCCGAAUGA